AGCAGAAAGAGAAAGGUGUAGGGUGGUUGUCUGCGCCUGGAGAUAUGGCUCUGCUCCGUGGGGACGCGCAGGACAAGCUGAGGUCUGUAUCUGUAGACCUGAAUGUUGAUCCUUCUCUCCAAAUUGAUAUCCCUGAUGCCCUAAGUGAAAAGGACAGAGUGAAGUUCACUGUGCACACUAAGACUACACUGCCAGCUUUUCAAAGCCCUGAGUUUUCAGUUACAAGGCAGCAUGAAGACUUUGUGUGGUUACAUGAUACACUCACUGAAACUGAAGAGUAUGCAGGACUCAUUAUACCUCCAGCACCUUCAAAGCCUGACUUUGAUGGUCCCAGAGAGAAGAUGCAGAAGCUGGGGGAAGGAGAAGUGUCCAUGACAAAAGAAGAGUUUGCCAAAAUGAAGCAAGAGCUGGAAGCUGAAUACCUCGCUGUCUUCAAGAAGACUGUCUCAUCACAUGAGAUCUUCCUGCAGCGGAUUGCUUCUCAUCCUGUGCUCAGCAAAGAUCGCAAUUUCCAUGUUUUCCUGGAGUAUGACCAGGACCUGAGUGUUCGGAGGAAAAACACUAAGGAGAUGUUUGGUGGCUUUUUAAAAAGUGUAGUAAAGAGUGCUGAUGAGGUCCUCUUCUCUGGAGUCAAGGAAGUAGAAGAUUUUUUUGAGCAAGAGAAGACUUUUCUUGUGAACUACUACAACAGAAUCAAGGAUGCAUGUGCAAAAGCAGAUAAGAUGACAAGAUCUCAUAAAAAUGUUGCAGAUGACUAUAUUUAUACUUCAGCUUGUUUGAACAGCCUGGCAUUAGAAGAGCCUACAGUUAUCAAAAAGUACUUGUUGAAAGUUGCAGAGCUCUUUGAGAAACUCAGGAAGGUAGAGAGUAGAGUUUCAUCUGAUGAAGACUUGAAGCUCUCUGAACUGUUGAGAUACUACAUGCUCAAUAUAGAAGCUGCUAAGGAUCUUCUGUACAGACGAACCAGGGCUCUUGUUGACUAUGAGAACUCGAACAAAGCUCUAGACAAAGCCAGACUAAAGAGCAAGGACGUCAGGCUGGCUGAGGCACAUCAACAGGAUUGCUGUCAGAAGUUUGAAAAGAUUUCAGAAUCUGCUAAACAAGAACUGAUGAGCUUCAAACAGAAGAGAAUAGCAGCAUUCCGUAAAAACUUAAUUGAAAUGGCAGAACUGGAAAUAAAACAUGCAAAGAACAAUGUGUCUCUCCUGCAGAGCUGUAUUGACUUGUUCAAGAACUGAGGAGUCUUACUCUGAAAAUGUGACAAAAGCAUCAAUUGCA